AUGGCUCUUGCAGCAUACCGUCAUCUACUACGGGCCGCCCGAGUUGCCUUUCAGGGAGACGUCCAACUUCUGCAGGCUUCCCAAUCACAAGCGCGGCAGGGUUUCCAAGAUAAGCGGUCUUUAGACCCAUCAUCUGAGGAAGCGAACGAGGCAAUUAAGCACGCCGAGGGCGUGGCGGAAAUCUUGAGGACGAAUGUGGUGCAGGGGAGGAGAGCCGACGGCGAGCAUUCAUACAAAUUGAAUAUACACAAGGACACUGAGCGAGGUGAAAAUGAUACAAUCAAGAACCCGCUCGGAAAGGAUGGAAAGGUCAAAAUAGGGGGCGCUUAA